GGACUGGUAGUACCACGGGGUGUGUACCUCUUCACAGGUGUGGCCAACACUCAAAACACACACAUACAACGCCAAAAGGAAGCAGAAGAGCAGGUGCAAACUUGGGUGAUUUGUACAUUUUGCUAAUUGUCUCUUUUGUGGACUGGUGAUCAGAGGACACACCAUUGGUGGAGAUAUAAGGAUGGCGGAAGAGCCGAAAAUAGAGCUCUUUGUCAAGGCAAGCAGUGAUGCAGAGAGUGUUGGCAACUGUCCAUUCUGUCAACGACUUUUCAUGAUUUUGUGGUUAAAAGGAGCCAACUUUACCUUGACAACAGUAGACAUGAAGAGGGCCCCAAUUUUGUUGAGGUCUUUGGCCCCUGGAUCCCAGCCACCCUUCCUUCUCUACAAUGAUGAGGUCAAAACAGACACCAAUAAGAUUGAGGAGUUCUUGGAGGAGACAUUAGCACCACCAAACUAUCCAAAAUUGUGCUGCCGUUACAAUCAGUCCAAAACUGCUGGUGAAGACAUUUUCCGCACUUUUUCAGCUUAUAUCAAGAUCUCCAAUGGAUUACAUGACCAACUGGAGAAGAAUUUUUUAAGGUCUCUCGCAAAGUUGGACACAUAUCUCCUGACUCCUUUGGAGCAUGAGUUGGACCAGAAUCCAAACCUCACAGAAUCCAAGCGGCUCUUCCUGGAUGGAAAUGAGCUCACAUUGGCAGACUGCAACCUGCUUCCUAAACUCAACAUUGUCAAGGUUGUGUCUAAGAAAUACCGUGACGUGGACUUAAGAGCCCUGAAAGGAAUCUCACGCUACAUGGAAAAUGCCUACGAAAGGAAGGAGUUUCGCUACACCUGCCCUCAAGACGCAGAGAUACUGAAUGCUUACUCAACUGUGGCUACUCACUGGGAAAAAUAACACCAUUUUUUUUUGUAACUGUAUAUAUUAAAAUAAAUAAGUAGAGUGCAUUA